AUGACAGACUUCACUGAGGAGGACCUGGACCACUAUCUACAAAAUCAGGUGGAUCUCAGACACAGGCAGGUGUCAAACACAGUGGAGGAGGUUCAGAGGAUGAUCAAGGAACUGACCAUGGAGGUCAGCACCAAAGACAGCCGCUUCCAAUGCAUCUCCAACUCUGGCAUUCACAGUGACAACAUCAAAGAUCAACCUGCAUUAACAGCCAAGUGGUCAAACCUCCUCCGGGGGAAAUGUGCUUUCAACCCUGCUAUCCAGGUCCUAACCCCCACCCUGUUCCUGAUCUCUGUGCCCAUCCGGGGGCUGAUGGGCUACAAGGAGCGACGGACGCGGCAGUGGCGGUACUACACACUGAGCGGAUCACGGCUCCUCUCCCCUGUCCGAGAGCCGGAGAAGCUACACCAGUGGCUGGAGCUGGAGAGCUUCCUCAACCCCGCCCAGGAGUGGCACGAUGCCCGCGUCGCCAUUGAGGGCGACAUUGUGCCUGCUAAGGUGGUCAAUGUCUUCAAGGAACAGCUGGAGGCAGCGAUCGAGGCCUGCAACCUGGCCAGUAAAGUAAGCAUCCUGGAAACGGUGGGAUCAGUGGUCCGCAUUGCCGUGGAGACAACGGAGGGUCAGAUUGAGGUGGAGCUGGUCCCGACAGUGGAGAUGAUGAACUGCUGGCCCAAAAAAGCCCGUUGGCCCAGGUUGCUGAAGCGGUGGCCAUCCACAGAGCGGGUGCGCUGCAUUAAGUCCUUUGGAUUCAACUUGAUGGCCACAUCCAACUACCACUGGCUGCUGUCCUUCUCCCGGGCAGAGCAAGUGCUGCUGGGAAGCAUCGAUGAAGAUGGGGGCUGCCGCCGAAAGGGCUACCGCAUCAUCAGGCAGCUAAAGGAGGAUGUGUGGUGCCCGGGGUCCAAGCCUGUUAUCACUGCCUACCACCUGCAGACACUGCUCUUCUGGACCUGUGAGAAGUACCCUAGCUCCAAAGACUGGAGGAACCUGAGGGAGAGUGUGUUACGGCUGGCCAAGAAGCUCCACAAGUGCACCAGCCAGCGCUACCUCCGCCACUACUUCGUCCACAGCUACAAUCUGCUCAAGUACACCAACGCCAACGAGCUGGACAUCAUGGCCAAGAAGAUCUGUGACUUCCUGGACAACCCAGGCAUCUACAUCCACUGA